AUGGCUCAACGACCGUCAAGAAUUUCUAGGUCUUCUGGUAACAUUUCCUUUAAUAAUCCAUCCGCACCUGGCAUUCACAAUUUUCGUAUUAGGCUUUCUGAACCCACAGAACACCAACCGAACCCUCUUCGGGUUGCCUUUUUGGAGUAUCAAAAUGCUGGCUUGACAUUGCAGCAUUCCUCCGUUAUUCAAGAAAAUAAUAACCUCCGUUCUCGACUUUCUUUCCUUAUUCAGGAAAUUAAUAAUCUUCGUUCUGAAGUUACCGAAUUAAAAGAUCAAAUGAAAGUUCAAGAGGCUGCCCUUUCUAUUUCAAAUAGAGAAUUUGAAGAAUUUUUUCUUAAUGGUCCAUUUUCCGUAAAUGAUCAACCUUGA